UGAUAAGAGUCACUGUCGCAUGAUUUCAAAAGUCAGUAGGAAUCCGUCUGUUUUGUAGAUCCCACCAGAGGAUUUAAUCUGCAAGUUUCACAUGGCUGCCGCUAAGAUGAUGUUUGAUCUUGUCCUGAUUACAACCCUCCCUACCAAUUACACUAAGGUUAUAAAAGUGGAGAGUGUACUUGACUGUGCCCUUGAAUGCAUACGUAAGCCAAGGUGUGAUGCCAUGGCGUUCGAUGCUCCCCAACCGAUGUGUUAUUUGUACCAGCAAAGCAUUCAGGUGGACCCCUCGGCUACUUCAAAUAUGGACUUGUUGGUAUACAACUUAAAGAGGGGCAACGAGUGCAAUGAAGUAUUUGCAUGGAGUCACAAAUUCCGGAACCCAGAGUGCGAUGUGAAGAAAGGCUACAACUACGAAGCUGAUAUGGACGUUUGCUACAAAUACCACUCCUCCGAGAAAGAUAAACACGCAGCGGCCAAGAAUACAUGCAUCAACGAAGGAGGUUCCAAUCUUCUCAAGGUUGACUCAGACAAGAAACAGGAUUUCUUCAAAAAUCUCGUACCGUCAGGAUCAUAUGCGUACAUCCAAGGAGACCGGCGCGACACAACGGGCGAAUGGGUUUACUGGGAAGAGACAACUGCGGUAGUGAUGUCGUACAAUAACUGGGCGGACGGUCAGCCAAACGGGGCACCUGAGAGUACAAGAUUGCAUUUCUAUAUAUCCUACUGGUCAGCAUGACGCAAGAUGCCUCUACACUAACUACUUCUUCUGUGAAAAAUACAUGUAACUGACCAAUGGACAUUCUGGCCUCGAAACAAAGGAUCAUUUCAUGCUUUUAAACAUCAGCAAUAACUGGGGAAAAGGUAUGAGAACGUAAUAAUUCUCAUUAACGUUAGAUAAAGCAAUUUAGUUUCAUGGAACAUUUGGUGCUAGAACCGUGCUAGAACCUAUGCUGGUCGUAAACAUUUUCUUAGCAAAAUUUGGAAACAACAGUCCUC